GGAAGUCUGCAUGAAGCUGCGUCUCCCACAGAGGCAACGGCGUCGACGUUUUUUUUCUGUCUUGGUUUUUUUUUUUUUUUUUUUUUUUUUUAUUCGAGACUUUUUUUUCUCUUUUUUUAUUUUCUCUCAGUGAGAUGAGCAGGGAGUGAGGAAUGGAGGCGUAGGGAGCAAGGAUGUUUGUGUUUACCAAGCGGCCAGCUAGUUAAGCAUAUGAAUAUAUAGGCCUCCUUGUAGCUAGAGCAAGCCAGCGAACAAAAGGAGAAAAUUAAUGGAGAGAACAUGUUGCCUUUGUGUCAGUGGGAGAUGACCAGGAGACAGGAUCAGAGGUUUCAUGAUGAAAAGAUAGAAAGUAGUCUUUUAAACAAAAUAAUGGACGAUUCCCAUUUCAACUCAUCAUACUUUUGGUCUCCCGUCCCCACUGUACAAGGACAGAUCGAGAACGCCAUGUUCCUGAACAAGGCGAAGGAGCAGCUAGGUCCAGAGAAGACCAACGCACCCUCCUUCCCUCACUCGUCUGCGUCUUCCACCUCCUCCCCCCACUACCCUACGGCUGUGCUCGCCAUACCCGGCUCAGUGGAUGGAGGGCCCGGGGUGCGGGUCGUUCCCAAACAGGAAGGAGGUGGCGGCGGCGCACCAUUAAGUGCAGUCGGGGGACACCUGCAUCAAUCACACACUUCCCAGAACGUCACCGUUGUGCCUGUUCCCUCGACGGGGAUCAUGACUGCAGCGGGGUUAGUGAUCACCACCCCUCAAGGCACACUGGUCCCCACUGCCUCCACGCAGUCCUUUGUAGCUGGACACCCCACUGCUACCACCAUGAUAGUGUCUGCAGUACACCCCUCUAACGCAGACAAGAAGGAGGAUAUUUCUGUCCCUCCUGCAGUUGUGAUGCCAGCACCGUCAAAGCGAGGCAGGAAGAGCAAACAGAUGAUGGGCAGAGUGGCUGGAGUAGGUGGGGUCCUCCCUCCAGGCAGCGAUGCUUUAAUAUUGGCACACCUAGCCGCAGGUGGACAGCACCACACGGGUGACCCAUACGACCUGUCAAAUGAUGAAGAUGAUCAUACUAACAAGGACGGCCCCAAAUCCUACAGGUGUCGAAUGUGUGCGGUGACGUUCUUCAGCAAGUCUGACAUGCAGAUCCACGCCAAGUCCCACACUGAAGCCAAGCCCCACAAGUGUCCCCACUGCUCAAAGUCGUUUGCCAACUCCAGCUACCUGUCCCAGCACAUCCGCAUCCACAGCGGGGCCAAACCCUACACCUGCACCUACUGCCAGAAAACAUUCAGGCAGCUCAGUCACCUCCAGCAGCACACACGAAACCACACUGAGGCCAAGCCCCACAAGUGUCCCCACUGCUCCAAGUCGUUUGCCAACUCCAGCUACCUGUCCCAGCACAUCCGCAUCCACACUGGGGCCAAGCCCUACUCCUGCUCCUACUGCCAGAAAACAUUCAGGCAGCUCAGUCACCUCCAGCAGCACACACGGAUUCACACCGGUGACCGACCGUACAAGUGUAACCAUCCUGGCUGUGAAAAAGCUUUCACUCAGUUGUCCAACCUACAGUCUCAUCGUCGGCAGCACAACAAAGACAAGCCGUUCAAGUGCCACAACUGUAACCGUGGUUACACAGAUGCUGCCAGCCUGGAGGUGCACCUGUCUACACACACUGUUAAACACGCGAAGCUGUUCUCCUGUGGCCUCUGUAACCGAUCCUAUACCUCGGAGACGUAUCUAAUGAAACACAUGAGGAAGCACAACCCCGACCCGCUAGCGGUGGCAGCAACAGUAGCUGCCCAUCAGGCCCAGGGCCUUACACCAGGAGGGGGCAGGGGAAGAGGCCGUGGCCGAGGGAGAGGAGGUGGAGGUGCAGGCAGAGCGAGUCAGCUCCAAAACCAGACCAAUCCAAAUAACACCAACCAGAACCCUAACGCGGGACCCCCAGGCAGCUACCAGCCCCCCCAGCAACCCACGGAAGCCGUGGUCCCAUGCCCGUUUGACCUGCACCAGUACAAGACAGUGGCGGCCAGUGAGAUCCAGUACAAACCGGUCUCUGUGGCGGACCUACCAGUGGUCCACAAAGACCUUUGCCUAACUGUCUCCACAUCAGCCAUUCAGGUGGAGCACAUGAACUCAUAGGCUGCGUCUUCCCCCUCUGUUCCAGGAAUCACUGCAGUGUAAAAAGGUCCAUAAGAACAAGUCAUUUAAUUGUGUUCAGUAUUAGAGUCUUAAAACAAGAAAAAACAAAAUGGCUGGUGGUGAUUUUUUACUGAAUUUGAAAAUACAACAAGACAUCAGUGGAAUCAGUUUAGAUUCACUUCUCUGUGACUUUAUUUUGAAAGGGGUUGUUGUUUGAUCAUGUUCAAAGAUACAAGUCAAAGUUAAUUCACUUGGUGCCAUUUUUUUCUUCCUUUUAAGAUGCUUAAAUGCUGAGUACAACAUUAAAUUACUUGUUAGAACACAGAUAUUUUACAAUGUGCUUCUCAGUUCCAGAGCCCACUUGUGCCAAGUACACGACCGGUCAAAAGUUUCACAACACUUCCAUGUUUCCAGUUUUUAUUGAGAUUUAAGAAGCUCAAGUCCAGUAAGAAAAUAAGUAUAUGUAAUAGAAAAGAAGAAUUUUUAGAGGCUAAGAAAUUGGUUAACUUGCAAAUUUCCUGCAGUAGAGGAAGCAUUGAACGUUAAUGCAAACAAGUUGCUUCCUGCAGGUGCCUCAAAACAUUAGAGGAAAAGAACAGAACCAUGGAGCUGGUUUAGGAUGAACUGCACAGAAGGUGAAAAAAAAUCAACCUACAAGUGCAACACAUUAGUGGGAACUUCUAGACUUUCUGAGCAAAAUACUUUCUGAUUUCCAUUGUGAACAGAACGUCACAAGUGUAUUCAAGUCAGAAAUUUAGAUAAAAUUGAGUUCAACAAGAAAAUUCAACGAUUGCUUGUUUUUAAAAUCCCCAAUUGUUUAUUUUUUAUGCUUUAAUUUCACAAACACUGGGAAUAACAGCUGGAAAAAUGUGGUGUUGUAAAAUUUUUGACCGGUACUGUAUCUCUCAGUAGAAAUGCUGGUCUAGGACUCUAAUAUAAAUAGUUUGUGAAGACUUAACCAAAACUUAAUCUGAGAUCAGUUUUGUCUUUUAUAUGAUUAUGAAUAAUAUGGGGAUUAAAUCCACACCUGAGUCUCUCUAAAGUCAAUGGACAAGUGAACAAAGUAUUUGUUAAAACCUGAUCCUAAACCAGCAGUCCUGCUCUGAGAGUCUUGAUAAAAGAGGCUCACUGGUGUCCCUUCAUGUUUUUUCAUCGGAGAAUUAAGGUGUAAAAUAUCUGUAAAAUAAAAAAAAUUACACUAUUUUCUGCACAUUUAUGGUCCAAAGAAUGGUGUAAUUUAAAAAAAAAAACCAUUCAGAUCACAUUAAUCUGAAGAUUCUCCACCGUUUAGUUCAAGCCAAAACAUGCGAAAGAAAGAAGACAAGGAGUGGAUCUGACAAACUGUAGAGACACAGAACUGACACAGAAAAAAGAGGACGGACUAAGUAGAUAAAGUUUGAAUGACACUGUGAAGGUGCCGUGGAAAAUAGAGGAUCUGGAUCAGACAAGCAGAACUGGAGCCUGAGAGAAGAAGUAGAAGGAAGAAAAUGGGGCUGCAUCUCAGUGUUCAUUUCACAGAAUCAUGGCGUCCUUAUUUACACCCUUCUCCCCUCAGACAGCGAGGAGAUGAGGAAUCAUUUCCUCGUCGGAGCCCAAAUUAUUGAACAAAAGAGACAGAACUGGUAGAAGGAUGCACUAAAUGUGAGGAACCUGCAGCCGAGAGAGAGCGAGAGAGGAGGGGGUCGGGGGGGUGGGAGGGGUCAUAAAGAAAGCACUUGAUGAAGCUUGUACUUCACGCCUAUGUUUGUCACCCUUGUACUUUUUUUAAUAUAUCAUGUGUGUAUUUUUCUACCAACAGAGGAACGUGUGAACAAACUCGGAGAGAGAAAAGUGAGGAGCAUGAAUGUGAAGGGAACAGGGAGUAAAAGUCCGAACAGAGCGUCGUCGUCGUCCCAUUUUUUUUCUUACUAUACAAAGAAAGUUUACUAUCCUCGGCAUCGUCAGGGUAGGUAGCUGUUGGGGAAAUAAUGAUUGUGUGAUAAAAAUGGCUGACAGGUACUGUUAUCAAUCUUUUUUUUUAAAAGGACUUUUCAUACAUAUUACUACUUUCAUUAUAACUGUACUGCAAAUGUUAUCCACAUUAUUAUCAAACUGAGGCAUUAUUGUAUUUCAGUAUGCUGUACAUAAAAAUAGAUAGAAAAGACUUUUUUCAUCUGUAAAAGGGAAGUAUGUCCUGUGUAAAGCAUAUAUGGAAACUAAAGGAAGUCAAAUUAACAAGUACCAAAUCAUUGGCUGUGUCCCAGGUCACCCUCUGAGAAGUUUGGGAAUUACCUAAAAAGUUUGUUAAAUUAUGGGAAGAUCUUUUUUCUCUCUCUUUAAUAGUGACAUUGCAACUUUUCCUGCACUUUCCCACUGAUAUUCAGUCUAAUUAUGGCAUAAACUGAUUGUUUGGCCAAGUUAAGUGUAAGUUUUAUUUGUAGGAGUCAUAAACAGGAGCUGACUGAACAAUUGAUCUGAAAACUAAAUUUUAAUGAGAAUUCCUUCAUAAACAUUUUCCCAAAUGACCUUAAUGAAUAAAUAACAUUAAACGAGGCUGUGACGGAGUUGACCUGGGACACUGCCGCCAUGUUUUUGUGCACAAGCUAUCUCUACCCAAUCAAAAUGUUCAAGCAGCCCACACACAGGGCUGACUGUCUUCAUGUAUACUCCUCCUUGUAUUUCAUUGUGUCUUUUUAUGAAAAAUAACCCAUUCUCAAUAUUCUUGUUAAUGUUAUUUACUGAUGCUCCUGACAAUAAUAAUACAGUUAUUAACUGCCCUCUUAUGCUACACUCUUGCAUACUGUAUACACAGUUACACCUCUUGCUCAUCUGAACAGACUGUUUCUUCCCUUAAGGAGAAUAAAAAAGUUCAAAAACA